GUCAGACUUGUAGACGAAGGCGACGGACUUUUGACACUUCACUGACACUGACGCCGAAGACUUGAGCCUUCACAAGACUGAAUUUUUGUGUCAUUUACUAGUCCUAACAACAACUGAUGAACAACUAGUUAGCUACUUACUCUCUGUCUGUUAGGUGGACAGAUAUUAAUUUAAUAAUAAUAAAAUUAAAAAGUGAAGUAACCGAGCUUAAAGUGAAGGCCUAGUUUAUUUAUAAAUUUAGUGAAAGUGAACAGUGUUUAAAGUCCUUGAAUCACGGAACUGUUGGUGAAUACUGAAUACAAAAAAGUUAAGUUCUAGUAGUCAUUUUUUAAUUGUAUUUAUUUUCAUCAUGGACUAUAUAAGUUAAAUUAACCCAAUCUAGAACGCAAAGUGUAUUUUUUGCUACAUUAAUUUGAACUCUCAAUAGUUCUGAGGACUAUUACACACUUUAAAGGUAUUGGAUUGCCUGAAUAAGUUACUGUACUUAACUAAGAGAUGACUAUGUCAAAUCCCAACACUUUCAAAGGCCCUUAUCUCAGACCAUGGAUGAGAGAAUAUGGUGCUGCAGCUCCAGCCUCAGGAACAGGAUUUAAAGGAAUCAUCGCUGGGGGUAUUACAGGUGGUAUUGAAAUCUGCAUUACCUUCCCUACAGAAUAUGUAAAAACACAGCUGCAGCUAGAUGAGAAAGGAGGUGCCAAACGUUACUCGGGAAUUGUUGACUGUAUCAAGAAGACUGUACAAAGCCAUGGGUUCUUUGGUCUAUACCGAGGACUCAGUGUGCUGCUGUAUGGCUCCAUCCCCAAGUCUGCUGUCAGGACUCUCCCAGAACCAGUGGAGUCACAGAGUUGCACAGAUGGAGUAGAAUGGCACAACCACGCCCUCUGGAGCAAACCUUUGUAUUCCCCCCUCUACACAUAA